GCACUGGGGACUCGAGCUUGGUGCUUCAAGACGCAGGCUGCAACCGCGUCGUGUGAAUGAACUGAGCGGAUUGCCGCGGACUGAGGCAAUGGCCUGAACUCUCAUGGAGUCACCCAGGGACCUGGACAUUGAGGUCUGGUUGGCAGGAGUACAUCUAGAACGGUACGCAGAUACGUUCCGGAGGCACGGUGUGUCCACUGCGACUGCUGCCCAAAGCCUGGGCCACGAGGAACUUCGUCGAAUGGGCAUCUGGGCCACCGGUCAUCGCAAACGGAUUCUUCGCCUGCUUCAGGGGGCUACUGUGGAGGUCCCUACAGACACCCCACUGGACACUACCAUGGAUCAAACCCCAAACCCAGAUCCUCAAGUGCUCCCCACCAAACCAGUGCCCAAACCAAGGACAGUGUUUACUUUUUUUGGCACCACUCCUGCUGAAUCAGUCCUGCCUCCCUUGUUGAACCCUCCUAUGGAGACCCUUCCAGUGCCUCAGGAAGAAGAUACCAGCCUAAUAGUCCAAGAUGAAGGGAGCAUGGUCCCCAGGGGUUCAGAGCAGCCAGUGAGCCAAGAACCUUCCCUAAGCACCCCCCAGUCUCCCAUUUCCCCCUCCUUCCCUUCAGAUCAGCCUCCUAUCUUGGACAGGAUGACCAUGAUGCCCAAUGAUAUCUACUUUGGCCUAGACCUUGGAAGGGGAGCACAACCAGGGACUCAGGAAAUGACUACAGACUGCUCCCUGGUAGAUUCUCCUACUCCCAUCCCUACUUCCAGACCUACAGGAGGCACAGUGCAUAUCAUGGACCCUAGCAGCCUGUACUAUGGUGUUCAGCCUGUUUCAGUCCCUGGAACUCCCAAAGGGAGGAAGACAAGGGGUGUCAGUCAGUCAGCAGGUGAACCCAGGCCAAGCAGCCAUGAAUCAGAGGGGGUAGAGGAUUGUGGCUAUGCCAGUCUGGAGCUGCCUGGGAACUCCACCCACUUGAUGCCCAUCCUAGACCCUGAAGAGCCAGGCGAUGAUCUUAUCUCUCCCUAUGCCAGCUUCACCUCACUAGCUGAUCCCCCCACACCCUUGCUCAGUGGCUGGUUGGACAAGCUCUCGCCUCAGGGGAAUUAUGUCUUUCAGAGGCGUUUUGUCAGGUUCAAUGGAAAGAAACUGAUGUAUUAUGGAAGUGACAAGGACACCUUCCCUAAGGGGGUUAUCCCAUUGACUGUCAUUGAGAUGAUCCGAAGCUGCAAGGAUUGCAAGUUCCAAGUCAUCACUAGCCAAAGGGUGUUUGUGUUUCGAGCUGAGAGCGAAGCUCAGAGGGACAACUGGUGCUCCACACUGCAGUCUCGGCUAAAGGAGCAACGGCUUCUAGGCAACCCCCGGCCACCUCAUCCACCCCGUCCUCUCCGCACAGGGAUCCUAGAACUUCGGGGACACAAAGCUAAAGUGUUUGCAGCUCUGAGCCCUGGGGAGCUAGGACUGUACAAGAGUGAGCAGUCCUUUUCUCUGGGCAUUGGAAUUUGUUUCAUUGAGCUUCGGGGCUGCAGUGUCCGGGAGACCAAGAAUCGAAGCUUUGACCUUCUUACACCCCAUCGAUGCUUCAGCUUCACAGCGGAGUCAGCCUGUACUCGCCAGGUCUGGGCAUCUGCACUGCAGGAGGCCAUUACUGAGACUCUGUCUGACUAUGAGGUGGCUGAAAAAAUCUGGUCCAACCGAGCAAACCGACACUGUGCAGACUGUGGAGCAGCUCGUCCUGACUGGGCCUCAAUCAACCUGGGAGUGGUCAUCUGCAAGCAUUGGGCAGGACAACAUCGGGCCCGGGGCUCUGGGGUAUCUAAGGUGCAGAGUCUGAAACUAGACACAAGCAUCUGGAGCAAUGAGAUCGUGCAGCUUUUCCUCAUCCUGGGCAAUGAUGGAGCCAACCGGUUCUGGAUAAAGGGACUGCCCCCAGGAGGAGGGCUGCAUCCAGAUACUCCCCCUGGCCCCCGUGGGGACUUCAUCUCCCGCAAAUACCGGCUUGGCCUCUUUCGGGGACCCCAUCCUCAGUACCCUGACCACAGUCAGCUGCUGCAGGCACUGUGUGCAGCUGUGAUGGGACCCAACUUGUUGAAAACCAUGAUUCAGCUUUUCUCAUAUGAGGAACCGUGCUCUGAAGGCAGUUUCUCUAAUCUCCUCCCCCUAGACUCAUCCCCUAGUGUGUACAAUGAAGUCCUGGUGCCUGCUGCACUAAGUGGCUUUUUGUACUGCAGCCCAGUCAGCAGCAAACCUGGACCUCCACCCCACCGCCGGGGCCGGGAUGCACCCCCUAGGCUGUGGUGUGUGUUGGGAGCAGCCCUGGAGAUGUUUUCAUCAGAGACCAGUCCAGAGCCAAUCAGUUUGAUCCAGCCUCAGGAUGUGGUGUGUCUGGGGGUAAGCCCCCCACCAGUUGACCCAGGGGACCUUGACAGGUUCCCAUUCUCCUUUGAACUCAUUCUGACUGGAGAAAGGGUCCAAUAUUUUGGAACUGAUGGAGCUGAUAGUCUGGAGGCCUGGACCAGAGCAGUGGGCAAGUGGUUCUCCCCACUAAGCUGUCACCAGCUCCUGGGCCCUGGCCUGCUGAGGCUAGGCCGUUUACGGUUGCGGUCCCCUUCUCAGACUGCAAUGACCCCAGGCCUCUGGCUGUCUGCCUUUGGCCUCCUCCGAGGUGACCACCUAUUCCUGUGCCCAGCACCAGGCCCUGGCUCCCCAGCUCCUGAGGACACUGUGCACCUGAGAAGACUGCAGGAGAUCAGUGUGGUAUCUGCAAACGACAGCCCUGAUAAGAAAGACCAUCUAGUCCUGGUAGAAACAGGAAGGACCCUGUAUCUACAGGGAGAGGGGCGUAUAGACUUUGCUGGCUGGAGCACUGCCAUUGGAGGAGCAGCUGGAGGGGGGGGCACAGCGCUGCAAGGGCAGCAGAUGAGUCGAGGAGACAUUCCCAUCAUUGUGGAUGCCUGCAUCAGCUUUGUCACUCAGCAUGGUCUACGUUUGGAGGGUGUAUAUAGGAAGGGGGGUGCUCGGGCACGAAGUCUCCGGCUCCUGGCUGAGUUCCGGCAGGAUGCACGGUCAGUGAAGCUCCGGCCAGGAGAGCACUUUGUGGAAGAUGUAACGGACACACUCAAACGCUUCUUCCGGGAGCUGGAUGACCCUGUUACCUCUGCACGUUUGUUACCCAGAUGGAGGGAGGCUGCAGAGUUACCCCAGAAGUCUCAGCGGCUAGAGCGGUACAAGGAGGUGAUUGGAUGCCUGCCCAAGGUCAACCACAGAACACUGUCCACUCUCAUUGGUCACCUCUACCGGGUGCAGAAAUGUGCAAGUCUGAACCAGAUGUGUACUCGGAACCUGGCCCUGUUAUUUGCACCAAGUGUGUUCCAGACAGAUGGGCGAGGGGAGCAUGAGGUUCGGGUGCUGCAGGAACUCAUCGAUAACUACAUAUCUGUCUUUGAUAUCGAUUCAGACCAAGUGGCUCAGAUUGACCUGGAAGUCAGUCUCAUAACUACCUGGAAGGAUGUGCAGCUGUCACAAGCUGGAGACAUCAUCAUGGAAGUGUACUUGGAACAGCAGCUACCAGACAACUGUGUCACCCUGAAGGUUUCCCCAACACUGACUGCUGAGGAGCUGACAAAUCAGGUACUAGAGAUGAGGGGAGCAAUAGCUGGCACAGACCUGUGGCUGAUGUUUGAGAUCCGGGAGCAUGGAGAGCUUGAGCGGCCCCUGCACCCAAAGGAACGGGUUCUAGAACAGGCCCUGCAAUGGUGCCAGCUCCCUGAACCAGGCUCUGCUUCCCUGUUGCUGCGCAGGGUCUCCCUAGCCCAGGCCAGCUGCCUCUUCACAGGUGUGCGUCGGGAGAGUCCUCGGGUGGGCCUGCUUCGGUGCCGGGAAGAGCCCCCCAAGUUGCUAGGAAGUCGUUUUCAGGAAAGGUUCUUCCUACUUCGGGGACGCUGCCUAUUGCUGCUCAAGGAGAAAAGGAGUUCUAAGCCAGAGCGAGAAUGGUCUUUGGAUGGUGCAAAAGUUUACCUAGGAAUACGCCGAAAGCUAAAGCCACCAACACCAUGGGGGUUUACACUGAUCCUGGAGAAGCUGCAGCUCUACCUGUCCUGCACAGAUGAGGAUGAGAUGUGGGACUGGACAACCAGCAUCCUUAAAGCCCAGCAUGAUGAUCAGCAGCCUGUGGUCCUUCGGCGGCAUUCCUCUUCUGACCUAGCCCGACAGAAAUUUGGCACAAUGCCCCUGUUGCCUAUUCGAGGUGAUAACAGUGGUGCUACCCUGCUUUCUGCCAACCAGACACUGCGCCGACUGCACAACCGGAGGACGCUAUCCAUGUUUUUUU